UCCGAAACUAGGAAGGAAGAAGAGGUUGCUAAGGGCUUCGUCAUGGCGAAUGGAAAUGACGGAAAUGGCCUGAGGGAAGUGCUGGUCACAUUCAAGAGCUGUCUGGAUGACAAGCAGGAAGUCCUCAUGGAUCCUUACUUAACGGGGUGGAAAGGACUCGUGAGGUUUCUGAAUACCAUGGGCGCCAUCUUUUCCUUCAUUUCCAAAGACGCGGUGGCCAAAAUCCAGAUCAUGGAAGACUUCCGGAGCAGCGAGGCGAAGGAGAAUUACGUCACCCUCCAGUCCAUGGUGGAUUUCGAGUUGGCCAACGGCCUGGUGGACUUGAAGAAGCCUGGCGACCACCCGGCCUCGGGCUGUCGAACGAUUCUGCGCCUCCACCGAGCCCUGCACUGGCUGCAGCUGUUCCUGGAAGGCCUGCAGACCGGCAACGCGGACUCCAAGACGUCGGUGCUGUGCACGGACUCCUACAAUGCCUCGCUGGCCAAUUACCACCCUUGGAUCAUCCGCAAGGCGGCCACCGUGGCCUUCUACGCCUUGCCCACUCGGGACGCCUUCCUGGAGAACAUGAAAGUGGGCACCGGCGAAGAGGCGGUGGAAAUGCUGGGCGAGGCGUUGCCUAGCAUCUCCAACGUCUACGAAGUCACCCAAGCUCUGUAUACCCAGCACAACCUCCUCGACCUUCCUUGACGGAACGGGUUCCCAAUCAGUGCUUCGCAGGCAAUGGCAUGUUUAAGCCUGCGCACGUCCCGUGCAACUUUUCAGUACCAAAAUCUAGCUCGCUCUCAUAGAAAUCCGGUUUCCUAGCGUUGUGAGCUCUCGAACCUUCAAAGGAAAACUACCUCUCCCAAGUCAAACCAUCCCCUUGCUCCCGAGGAAACAUCAGAAUAGGCUGUUUCGUGAUUUCAGCACUCCUUUUUCCCUGAUGUCUCGCUAACCUGGGACGGAAGCGGUCCCGGUUCUUCUACAGCAGGGGCAGGUCGCUUACAGUGCUCUAGAAGUUUCGGCCUACAAUUCCCAUCUGCCCUAGCCAGGGAUCCUGGGAGCUGAAGGCCCAAACAUCUGGAUCAAUUCCAAACAUCUGGAUCAAGUCGCCCACCCCUUUUGUCCGGCACGGUUCUUAAGGCCUUCAUCUUCCCGUAAACAAUUAAUGGACUUCCUCUCAGGAUGUGGAUUGGAAGCGGCGUCAGUCAAUCGAACCUGGUUGGUUGUAAUCAAGGGGCAGCCAGGCAUCUUCUUCAAAUCAAAUUCAGCUUUAAAGGGAAGGGAAAAUUUCAUGUUUCAAUGACGAUGUGAAAAUGGGAAAUUCUGUGUGUGUGUUUGUGUGUGAGUGUGUGUAAGGGGGGGGGGAAUGCUGAAUUAUUGGCGUUAUCCCUCCUGGGGGAGAGAAUCUCAUAGGGCCAGGUAUGGGCAACACAUGGGCCACAGGUGACCCCCCCAAAAAACAUUUUUGCAAAAAAACCCACCCACCCAUUUUUUUCCUUGUCAAAUUGGCACAAUUUUUGCCGCUGCUGUAGCAAAGUCAGCCAGGCCAGCAUGUGUGAAUGUGGCCCUCUUUAUCCCCCGAUGUUUUCCACUCUGUUGUAGAUUCUUUGGAGCCCUUCCUUCUACAGACAAUCGCACGCUUGUCUUGGACUGCAAUUCCCAUUGUGGCUGGCUGCGGCAUGCUGGGUGUUGUAGUCCAACUCACCUCUUUCAGGCGCAGAAGGGACAACGCGGAUUCCCCCUUCCACACAUGCAGGAGGGCUUAUAAGGGAGCUAGCCCUCCGUUACAGGCAGGAAAUUGGCAAUCAACUUUGAAUCUGCUGGAAGCUUGAACAAUCCCAUUCUAUUGUCUGAAUCAAGGCAACUCAUUAGCCAUGAAAAACAACGAGGAACGAUGAAUGAACCCGGACUGGUUUUGAUUAAGCGACAACCAGUUAAACAGGAAGUUGCUCAGGCUACAAGCCUAUACUCGCUUCCUUCGGGUUAAGCCUCCGUGAGCACAGAGAAGCUUUCUUCUGAGUCAGCCUAGGAGCGGGCUGUUUAGUUCUUUCACACCUUCUUCUUCUCUCUGGUGUCCUGUCUUUGCUUUCUUUCUUUCCCCCCCUCAAUCUACAGCUGGCCAACACUUUUAGUAAGACUGACCGGAACGCCAGAAAAACCUGCCAGCUUUUGAGCUCUACAGAACUCUUCGUCGGUGGCUGGCUUGUACAAAAAGCAGGGCGUGGGGAGGUAUUUCAUUGAUUGACUUAAGAUAUUUCUUAGCCUCCUUUCAGGACGAGCCCUCCCAAGACAGCUUACAGCAACGCAACGCCUCAAAACAGCUGAACUAUUAAAAGCGAUCAAAACAUCAACCCGGUAAAAUAGCAGGAAAAGCCGAGAGUGAAACCGGCAGUCCCAGCAACAUCAGCCGAUCUAUCACGAGAAGGCCAAGGUUAAAUAAUACGUUUCCAAGGCCUUGAAAACCCGCAAAGGUGGAGCGUGGCAACUUGUUACAAAAGCGUGGGAAAAUAAGAAACAUCCCCAAAUCUCCAUUUUGUGACAGUGUCUAUCUGAACCACAGGCCUCCUGGCCAAAUUUUUUGGACUUGGCUGUUUCUUGUUCCUUCUGCCAUCCCUUGCCUUUUGAUCUACCUAGCCUGAAGAAGAGUUCUGGAUAACUUGAAACCUUGCACACUUUUGUUGAUUUUCGGUUGGCGCUGAUAAAGAUAUUACCCAACCUUGAAUUUUGGAUGUAUGCAUUUUCCUUACGGAGCAGCACAGCUAUCUUUGUUUUGAUUCCCCCCCCCCCCCCCCGCCCUUGCGUGAGCACUCCUUCACCCAUCUGUCACCCACGGACGUCCACUUCUCCUUGACGUCACCUUUCAAGUCACUCCACAUUCCCCAACCUUGCAGCAUUUAAGCUUUACAAACGGAACGGCCGGUACGUUUGCGACUUUCUAAACGCAAGGAAGUCACCGAUUUUGCUUUGCCUUUAAAAAGGCUUUUAAGUAUUCGUUUAGAAAAGCUUUAAAACACACACACACGCACGCAUAUUAAAAAUCAUUACAGCUUUUCGAUUGCGUUGCUGUUGGCCAAAUCUUUGACCGAAGACAAUCUAGGAACGAUUUAGUAUUUUCUCAAAGUGUUGUAGGAUUUUUGUUGGUUUGUUUUGCAAUGUGGUGUCUCGUGAAGAUUCCUUUCGGGGAUGCAAACCGCUCAAAAAGCCAUCAUGAAUCCUGUACUUGUGUUAUCUGCCGCUCUCCUAAUUCAGUUGGAACAAUCAAUGCCUUUGCUGUGGGGCGGGGCGCUAUUGAAAGUAUUUGCACUGCGCUUUGGGUGCUCGUACUGUG